GCCGGCGUGAGGCCGCCGCCGCCCCAUGCUGCUGCUGCUGCGCGCCGCGCCGCGCCGCUCCAUCGGCCGCCGCCCGCGCAGCCCGAUUGUGAUUUCUGCGAGAUUUGUGAUGUGAAGCAGGACAACCAGAACUUUGAAGAACCUAAAUACAACUGUACUUCUCCGCUGUAUGCUCAGAGACUCAAAAGCGUCCACAGCUCCUCUCAAAGCGUGCUCAGGCCAGAACCUGUGAACUUCCAAAGACUUCAUAAUGGAGUUCUUGUUAUCCAAAGGAGAUUAUGUUAGAUUCUUUAAAAGAUCUUUAUUAGUAGCUUUAGUAUGUCUAAUAGUUCUUGUGUGCACUGAUCAGGACUAUUAUAGUUUACUUGGAGUAUCCAAAGAAGCAAGCAGUAGAGAAAUCAGACAAGCUUUCAAGAAACUGGCAUUAAAGUUACACCCUGAUAAAAAUCAGAAUGAUCCCAAUGCACAUGAAAAUUUUUUGAAAAUAAACAGAGCAUAUGAAGUACUUAAAGAUGAAGAUCUACGAAAGAAGUAUGAUAAAUAUGGAGAGAAGGGUCUUGAGGAUCAGCAGCAGGGAGGUCGUUACGAAAGCUGGAACUUCUAUCGCUAUGAUUUUGGCAUUUAUGAUGAUGAUCCUGAAAUUAUAACGUUGGAUAGAGGAGAAUUUGAUGCUGCUGUUAACUCUGGGGAACUGUGGUUUGUGAAUUUUUAUUCUCCUCGAUGUUCCCACUGCCAUGAGUUAGCACCUACGUGGAGAGAGUUUGCUAAAGAGAUGGAUGGAGUAAUACGCAUUGGAGCUGUCAACUGUGGAGAUAAUAGAAUGCUUUGUCGAAUAAAAGGGAUUAACAGUUAUCCCAGUCUGUUUAUUUUCAAAUCUGGAGUGCAACCAGUGAAAUAUUAUGGAGACAGGUCAAAAGAGAGUUUAAAGAACUUUGCUAUGCAAUAUGUUACAAGCACAGUCACUGAAUUAUGGGCAGGGAACUUCGUUAAUGCCAUUGAAACUUCAUUUGCUUCUGGUGUUGGUUGGCUGAUCACUUUCUGUGCCGAACGUGGAGAUUGUUUGAGUUACCAAACACGCCUUAAGCUUGCUGGCAUGUUGGAAGGUCUUGUUAAUGUAGGUUGGAUGGACUGUGGCACCCAGGGUGAGCUUUGUGAUAAUUUAGAUAUCUCAUCUAGUACUACAGCAUACUUUCCACCUGGAGCCACCUUAAAUAACAAAGAGAAAGGAGGUGUUUUGUUUCUUAACUCCUUGGAUGCCAGAGAAAUAUAUCAAGAAGUAAUGCAGCAUCUGCCAGACUUUGAAAUUAUCUCUGCAACAUCAUUAGAGGACCGUCUGGCUCAUCAUCGAUGGUUGCUUUUCUUCCAGUUUGGGGAAGGUGACAAAUCAAGUGUACAGGAAUUUAAAAAACUGAACUUUCUACUUAAAGAUGAACAUAUUCAGGUCGGCAAGUUUGACUGCCUUUCCGCACCAACCAUCUGUAAUAAACUGUAUGUCUAUCAGCCAUGUUUAGCAGUCUUCAAAGGAAAAGGAACUGAAGAUUAUGAAAUUCAUCAUGGAAAGAAGAUCUUAUAUGACAUUGUUGCAUUUGCCAAAGAGAGUGUAAACUCUCAUGUUAUCACAUUGGGGCCUCAGAAUUUUCCUGACAAAGAGAAGGAACCGUGGCUUGUGGAUUUCUUUGCACCAUGGUGUCCUCCUUGUCGAGCUUUGUUACCAGAACUGAGGAAAGCAUCCAAACAUCUUUAUGGUCAGCUUAAAUUUGGAACAUUAGACUGUACUGUGCAUGAAGGGCUUUGCAACAUGCAUAACAUUCGAGCUUACCCAACAACAGUUGUGUUCAAUCAGUCUGGUGUUCAUGAAUAUGAAGGACAUCAUUCUGCUGAGCAGAUCUUGGAGUUUAUAGAGGAUCUUAGGAAUCCAUCAGUGGUCUCCCUAACGCCAGAAACAUUCAUUGAAUUAGUUAAGAGACGAAAACGAGAGGAAAUCUGGAUGGUUGAUUUCUACGCUCCAUGGUGUGGGCCUUGCCAGGCUUUAAUGCCAGAAUGGAAAAAAAUGGCCAGGAUGUUAAGUGGAUUGAUCAGUGUAGGCAGUGUGGAUUGUCAAAAAUAUUACUCUUUCUGUCAACAAGAAAGUAUUCGGGGAUAUCCUGAAAUAAGACUUUUUCCUCAAAAAUCAAACACAGCUCAACAAUAUUACAGCUACAAUGGUUGGCACAGAGAUUCGUAUUCACUGAGAGGCUGGGCACUGGGAUAUUUACCCCAAGUUUCUGUAGACCUUACUCCUCAGAGUUUCAUAGAAAAGGUUUUGAAUGGAAAAGAUCACUGGGUCAUUGAUUUUUAUGCUCCUUGGUGUGGACCAUGCCAAAAUUUUGCUCCUGAAUUUGAGAUCCUGGCAAGGACCAUGAAAGGAAAAGUAAAAGCUGGAAAAGUAGACUGUCAGGCAUAUGCCCAGACUUGUCAAACUGCUGAUAUCAGAGCCUACCCUACUGUUAAGUUUUACCCCUACCAAGGAACAAAGAAAAAUGUUCUCGGGGAACAUAUAGACAGCAGAGAUGCAAAAGGUAUUGCUGAUCUCUUGAAUCAAAAAUUAGAAGCAAUUCAAAAUAAAGGAAAAAGAAAAAAAGCUAGAAGUAAGGAUGAACUCUGAGUGGUACUGGAGAUGGACAAGAUUCAAAAUACUCUGAAACUGUGAAUAUAGAAGAUAGGUUACAUUCGUGACAGGACAAAAGAACUGAAGACUAAUUUGAGUUCUUGGGCACAUGGAACUGCCUGUAUGAGUUCUGCUAAACUCGGGGGAGAGGAAAGCAUUUGGUUUUGGUAGAGGCAUUCAAAGUACCUGCAAAUGAACUCUGUGUGUCCCUCUUCUGAUAUACCAACUACCUUCUUCCUAAUCAAGCAUUGGCGCUGACCAGAAUGGGGAUUGUAUCACUUUUGCCUACCCCUUUAGUACCUUAUUUUGUUCUGUCUUUUUCCAAACACUUUUUGAAUGUGGCACUCAGCCUGUGGCUGAAUAUGCAGUCAAAGCGUUCUGCAAUGCAGAAACACAAUGAGGGAUUGUCUAUUUGAAGGACAAAGAAUUUUACCUAAUGACAAUUCUGCUUUGGCAUCAUGUUGUUGUCUAGUCAGUUGCUAAAAAAAUAAAACCAAUAACUGGUAGCAGGAGAGAUUUACUCAAUUGAGUAGUGUCCUUGAAAGGUAUUUCCAUAUUGUAGCACUGGUGGUGGUGCCAGGAGGACUAGAAUUUGAAAAGCUUUUUUUGGUUGUUUGGUUUGGUUUGUUCUUUUUUUUUUUUUUUUUUUUUUUCUUUUUUUAAAUAAUCAACAAAAUAAAUUAAGGACUUCAAACUCAGUGUAUUCUUGACUUUCAAAGUUUGAACUAUGCCAUAGAAGUAUCUGUGUAAGUUAUUAGCUUGUAAUAUAUUAUUGCUGUUCAGUGUCUUUUUAAGAUGAUGUUCUGUGGACAUCUUUAACCUCUCUUGGUUUUGUACUGUUGCUUUCUCUACAGACAUGUUUUGUUUUGGGAAGGUUUUUUACUCAUCUUUUGGCUGGCAAGAUAGCAAGUGCCUUUUGUCAUUUAAUAAUGGACACUAUAUACAAUGUCUCCUCCUACAUCUUAAUGUAAUUCUCACUCUUUAGGGUAAUAUUUUUCAUCGCUUCUCUAUAAACAAGUGUGUGGCAUUUAUUGAAGACAACUAUCUGCUGCAUAUGGAAGUUCUACUUCAAAUAAUUCCUUUUUUUCAAUAAAAGGCUGCUGAGAA